AUGAAAGAGUCAUCGAGCCGCGACGAAGGCUCCAUCUUUCAUUCGCACGUGUGCAUUUCCUCGGGCGCCGUGACGGUCGGCGAAGCGAGCGCCGCGGCCUUUCUCCGGUCGCCGCAGUCGCCUCGGGGCAGCUCUAACUGUGAAGAGCGGUCACGGUGGCGCAGCUCCGUGUCUACAGCGCGGCGCUCUCUACAGGGACUGCACCAAGUCGGAGGAAAAGAGGCCCCGGAGCCCCUUCUGUCAGCUGGCCUCCUCUUUCCCCUCCACUGGCUCUCCCCAUCUCCCUCUGGACGGACGCAUUAA